UUCAAAUGUUUUGGCGGUCUCUUUUGAUGGCUGUAAUCAAUACCUAAUUUCUCCGUUACAAUGGGGUAAGCUGAACGAAUGGAUAAUUAUGUAGGUACUAUUCUGUCGGGGCACCCCGCAGCGAAAGGACUGGAGUCAAUAUACGCUGCGGAUUUCGUGAACGGAUAAACUUCACGAAAGUUCACGUCUGGACAUGUUACAUUCAGUUGACACCAAACAGCAGUCUAUUUUUAGAUUUCUACUACGACAACUGAGGGUAGUAAAAAUUUUCUGCACUUCGUCCUGGACGUUGGACUGUGUAAGUAAGUUGACGAAGGAUUGAUUAACAAGUUACUGACGUUUUUGCCUGGUGAGAGUGACGAGUGGAUGUUGAAAGUUUUGAAUCGAUACCGUACGUGCCGGUAGAAGUCAGUAGCUCAUCCCUUGCUCCACUCGCCGAUGUCCUCGACUGACGGAAUCUCCGUAUUGUUGUUUUAAACGACUGACAGUUUUGAAGAUUGUUAAGCAUUGCUCCAGUGUUGUCGUUGUUGUUAUUGCAUACUGAACACAGGUGUUAAUGUUCCAGUUUGAAUACAAAAGUUUAUGAGCAAGUUGAAUUGCUUGUCUACAUUGAAAAGUGUAGGCCCCUACAUAGCAUAAUUUGCUAUCGCAUUGCAUGCAGACAUUUUGUGAUUUUAAACAGAGAAGCUUGUACAUAGAAAAAACAGGUGGAAUGAAAGUUGUGUUUUGAGGAGGACUCACCUUGUGGAAAUUACCUACGAAGAAGAUUUGUUUCAAAGGGAGAUUUUACAAGGUCAAACUGGAUUCCAAACUCCUUGAGUAUGCAGCCACAGGAGAGGAAUACGAAAUUUUGGAUCGCUACCGGCGGCUUUGGAGCGGAGUUUCUCCUCGAGAGGGCUGUCUGAUAUUCAGAGAUGCUCCAGUUGAUUCUUUCGGGUAUUACAGAAAUAACAUGGCAGAGAAGUCAGACGAGGAUUCUGACCAUGGCGAUGAAUUGUCUAGUCAUUCCAUUAUGCAGCAGAUCAAACGUCUUGAAAAGGAGAAGGCAGAUCUUGAAAAACGUAAUAGUGAAAGGAAUCUUCUACAGGAAAAACUUAAAGAACUUCAAGGAACAGUUUCCGCACUGAAAGGUGCACCACCAAAUAAUAAUUUUCUUUCGAAAAGUCCUUCAAAAAGCCCAGGUACUGGCAGGGGCAAAGGAAAAGGACGAAAAAACUCCCCAGCAUCCUACGCCGCUCAGUUUGAAGCUGAAAGUGUAGAAAAUCAUCGAACGCGUUCAAAGUCUUCUAAAAAUCGCCCAGUUGAAACGGAAAUAGCAGAGGAGCAGGACAGUGAUCCAGAUUCGGAAGGCGAUUCUGAGGAUGAUGAUGCAGAUAAACGCUCAGAGCGUGUGAUGAGCGCAGUCCACAAACAGAAACUCCAGGAAUACCGUGACACCUUGGUGGAGAAUAUGAUCUCAGAGGACAUUUUUAACGAUCUUAUCGCAAACAGAAUUUUGACCACGGCCGACGUCAGCCGAAUCAAAGAGAAAAACACACGAGAAGCCAUUAACGAAGAACUUUUGAAUAAUCUGAUUCGACGGUCAGACCGAGCAUUUACUGUGUUCGUUGGCUCGCUCAGGAAGACGCUCCAAGGGUAUCUCGCAGAUUUGGUGGAGGAUAAACAAAAAGCGAAAAGACGAAAACGCAAAAGGGCAUCAGGUGAGAUGAGUGUUAGUGUGGACGUUGAUGAGGUGUACCCAAGAACAAAACGGAAACCUCCACCUUGCACCUGUCAGCAGGUAGAGGAACAGAUGCUACAGAUGGCAAAAAACGCUUACAAGAAUAUCCGUCGUCGUGACGACACACCAGCCUCUUUUGAACAGUUCAAGAAGGAGCUAGGUCAAACAAACACAAUUAUCAAAGACUCCAUGGAGAUCAUGCACACGCUCAAAAUUCUUUGCCGACAUGGUGAUAUCGAAGAUGUUUCUUUUGGCAGCGUGAAAUUUACAUUGCGCUUCACAUCGGUGAAGAAAUUGACAAACUUGUGGCGGAUGUUUCGUUCUGGAAAAUUAUUGGACAUUUUUCAAAAUGGUCUUGUAACAAAGACAUUACUUAGGAGGUGCCGUGCGAAAAACAUUCGUCUGGGCGUGAGGAUUGAAGAGGGAGAAUAUUUACAGUGCUUAAGAGAAUUAGCGGGAGAUGUGCGCAGGGCCGGCCAAUCAUCUGUCAGCAAGUAUAGCCGUGUAGCAGAACUGCAGGAGAACAUUAUCCCACAGGAAAAUCUCUCGCCUCAGAUACCUGCAGACAUGAGUGGUACAGGGUUACCUGAUACGCCGACAGGUCGCCAUGAUCUCUCCUUGUCUGACUCAGGGCCUAUGAGGGUCCUCAGAGACAUAAACAGAAAUACUGCCAGCAGUCUGUCGGACAUUAUGACCAUACCUAAGUCUGUGAUGGUGAAGCAGUCGCCGAAGGUACGGCUGUCUCUGGAUGCACCUUGUACCCCUCCCAAGCCACUAGUGUCUCGCCUGAGGUCCCACAUGGCAGAGAACAGCUUACAGAGGAGACCAGCACACUCGUUUUAGUCUCGGUUUUACUGCAUUUUUACUGAUGUUUAUAGGAUAUCAUAAUUUAAGGUGAAUCUGGUUAGGAUUCAUGUGUCUCCUUUUUAAUAUCACAUUUCAUUGGUACUUCAUGCAUCAUGACAUCAAAUCAUCCAAUCGUUGAAGAGUGAAGCAUUCCAGUCACUACUCCAUGUAUUCCGUCCAGUCAACAGUCAUGUCAUAGCCAUCAUUUCCGUCUCCAACCCAUCAGUUCUGACUUGGUUCUAAUCUUGUGUGACUCUUUGAUUGUCCACUCCCACUUUUAUAGUCAUGAUCGUAUGGUAUAGUGUUUUAGCAGACAGCACCAAUGCGGUCGCUGUGAGUUCAAGUCCAGCUCAUGCUGGCUUCCUCUCCGCCCGUACGUGGGAAGGUCUGGCAGCAACCUGCAGAUUGUCGUGGUUUUCCCCCUGGCUGUGCCCGGUUUCCACCCACCAUAAUGCUAGCUGCCAUUGUAUAAGUGAAAUAUUCUUGAGUACGGCGUAGAACACCAAUCAAAUAAAUAAAUAAAAUUCAGCAGACAUGGUUAAUGGACAUGCCUAUUGGCAGGGAUAGGAUUUUUCCUUUCUGGUUGGAAUCCUUCCUUUUUUGAUUGGGAUUUAACUUUAAUAGAAGUGCUAAAAAUGACAAAAUUAUGAGAUAAUUUCCUGUCUUUUUAUCCCAGCAUUUGUCUUAUGACUUCAUUUUGGGACAUUUUCAAGGGGAAUUUUUCAUGCACAAUGUCCGUGAAUACUGUUUACAGGAAGAAUGACCAUUUAUCGUUACAUUACGGGGAUAAAUGUUCCCCUAGUAAAAUGACCAAUGUUCCCCCAGUAAAAUGACCAAUGGGGAAAUUCACUUCAGCUGUCCUUUCUGUAUAAAAAUGUCAAUUCAUUAUAAAAAUGUUGAAUGAGUUGAUAAUUCUUGUGUUCAGUGGCGAACUGGUAAGAUAUUCCCCCACCUGUAACAAAGUGGUUGAAAGCUGUGUUUUGUAUUGUUUACCGAUAUGUUACACCUUAAGCUUACACGUACUCAUAGAGGGUAACGCUAUAACAGAAAAUGACGUCUUUUUAAUAACGUGAUAUGGACCCUUUUGUGAAGACGAUCAGAGUUUCCUACUCCUGACACAUUGAAAAUUCCUAAGUGAACUUUUUUUUGCAAGUAUUACCUAUUGAUUAUCAAUUGUGUAUAAAAAACGUAUGCAGUUUUUACCUGCAGCUGAAGUGAAUGGACUCUUUAUGCCAUCUGCCUUGGUCUUUUAUUUAAACUUUAGCUGUCUCAGAGCAACUUACUUUAAAUUUCCAUCAGUAAGCAUGACAUAUAAUUUAUAUACUAUUUAAAGUUUUACAUUAAUUUUUAAACACAUAAUCCUGGUUCAUUUCGAAUUCAUUUCUCUUCAUCCUCAUCUUCCCAUUUUUAUAAAAUGGCAAGUUUUAAUUUGAAAAUUAAGAAUUCUGGUAAUUCUUCAGAACGGUGCUUGGAAUUCUUUUUAAUACAUGUAGCAAUUGCAAAAUUCAGUAUGUUUUAAAUCUUCUGUUCAUGUAUGUAUAAUUACAUGUAUCUGUACAUGUACCUGUACAUGUAUCUGUACAUGUAUCUGUACAUGUACCUGUUUUUGACUCACACUUCAUAGUUGCUCAAUUUUUUCUGCAGUGUUACUGUAUAUCUACCAUUUAACAUUGAAUAUUUAAAUGUUCUGCAUUUAAAACAUUAAAACAGACUUUGCCACAUUGCCUACAAAAGGAGAGGACAACAGAAGACAUUACAGUUUACAUGGUAGAAUGCACUUUUGAUGGGAAAUAAUGGUGGGUAAGCAUGGGUAGGAUUAUUCAAUAAUCACAUGGGUAGGGUUAUUCAAUAUUCACAUGGGUAGGGUUAUUCAGUAUUCACAUAUUGUAUUGUGGUGAAAAAAAGACAUUGAUUGUCUUCGCAUUGUUGCAGUUUGUUCAUAUCCAAUGAAGAGGUUGGUUUUCAGUGAAACGCGGAGAUCUCCACAUUUAGCACAUUGUUAACUGAGGGCCUGAUCGAGGGUAGCUUUGAAUCCUGUAUGUAGGGUUUGGGCAUCACUAUUUUGGGCACCCAAACAAACAUUGAUAAUAGCAAGUCAAAAUAUUGGGUCAUUCACUUGUUUUGAUGAAACUAAAAUGAUGACCUUAAUUGAGCCUAGGUCAUCUCAAAAGAUGACUUUAAAACGUGCAAAUAUUCAUAAUAUCAGACACAUUUUCACAAUUUCAGAUUUUUUGUUGUCAUUUAUACAUUUUCAUGUUGCGUUACACCAAGGUUUCUAAUUAGAAUGUAUUAUAUUUCACAAAUUCAUAUUACAUUGGAUGACUUCAGUUCUUGUCGAGGUUGGCACAGUAAAGAGCUCAAAAUGUUAAACAUUUUGACCCCUAAAGUCUUUAAUAUAUCCAAAAUAAUUUGAUGUUGAUGUGUGGAAUUACUCUAGAGCGGAUUUAUGUGGUAAUUUUUAUAUGUAUAUGUAGGUAACAAUAUUGUCCUGUAUUUUGUCUCGCAGAGAAACUAACUGAAUUCUAGAAUGUCAGUAGGGGUGCCCAGACUUUUAUCCAAACCAGUCCCUCAAACUUAGUUUGUUUCUGAACAGUGAUGUUUAAAAGGACAAAAACUUUUCAUCAAUUGUACUGUAUAUUGAAUUGCAAAUUGUUUGUUCCACAAAGUUUAGACAUUAUCACAAGUGUUUAGAAACAUGUUUCUAUCAAGUGUUUGUUCCCUGUGAAAAAGAAAGUCUAUAGGUUUGUUUGUAAUCAGUGUUUACAAAGUCGUUUGUGUUAAGUGGUUUGAAGUUUGAAAAGUCUUGUUCAAAGUGUUACUAUAAUGUUUGCAGUGUAAGUUUGAAAUGGUCCCCCAGAUUUUUAUCUGCAUGUUAAUCAGAAGUGGUCCCGGAACGUUUCGAUGGAACUGUUUGUUGCACAAACUUUUAGAAUGUAAAGUAAGAAAUCACAUCUUUUUAUUUCUGUUGAACAUGUUGGUAAAUGAUUGUUAUAUUAUGAAAUCUUGUUGAUGAAAUUAACUUUAUUUAGCGGAAUCGUGUAGAGUUUAAAGUUUUCCUUGGCUUUCCGUGGGUGGUUCCAUUCCAGUGCUCAGGGGUGAUUGAGGCCUUCCCAUUGGAAAAAAUGUUGCUAUAGUUACGAUAGGUGCAGAUGCUGUUAAGGUUAACGGCAUGAAUGUGUUUUUCAAAUAGAACAUUCCACCUUCUCUUCAUGUGCAUCUUAAACUUCCGUGCGAAAAACAGGAAUCAAUUUUUUCUUAAAUUUCAUGAAGGACAGCCUAGCCUGUCCUUGCCAUAUUAUUCGUUUGAGACUGGUUGUACAGUUAGAAGUAGGUGAAAUUCAAGUUCAUUCCGCUACAACACUACACGGACCACACCGUCUGUCUGGGAUUUAACUAUAAGUUCCACUUGGAAGGACUUAUCUUUCUGGGGUCCGUCUUACGAAGCAAUCGCAUCAAACGACAGGCGUAACGUCUGUGAAAACCUACCUCACUAUGGUAAAUGCGCUUGACGUAGCGUUGCGACAUUACGCAAACUUCAGAGGUUAGUUAAGAGUGUAUGUUUGAUCGAACCAGAUAUUCUGCAUGUUUCUGUAAAAUGUCAGUGAAAUGCGGAACAUUUCUCUCUCGGUGUGAAAUUGUUAACCUGUACUCUGUGGUGUUACAUUUGAAACAUCUGUCCUUCAGUGUUGUCCUUGAAAUCGUUAUAGAUCUGUAACCACGCAACAGGAAUUCCCGCUGACAAAUGAUUUAAGACACCAGCUAGAAUCGUUUCGCAAUUCCUUGGUGUCCAGGUAUCAAAAUGCUAUAAUCUCUAAGCAUGCAUUCAAAGUGCUGUCUUCGGGGGGAAUCCUAUUUUUGUCACCUGUAAAAAAAACAGAAUAUUGUGACUCUGAAUUGAAUCAUUUUGCAUAUAAAAUCUUUAUCAGAUUGAUCGAAUAAAAGUGCCUA